AUGGCGGAGGCGAGCCGGCUGGAGCAGCUGGAGCGGCGUGUGCGUGAGCUGGAGGAGGAGCUGGCCCGGGAGAAGGGCGGGCGGCGGGCGCCGCGGGCCCGCAUCGAGAGCAUGAGCCCGGAGGUGACGGACUCCAACCCCUACAGUCGCUUGAUGGCAUUAAAAAGAAUGGGAAUUGUCAAAGACUAUGAGAAAAUCCGUACCUUUACGGUUGCAGUAGUAGGUGUAGGUGGAGUUGGCAGUGUGACUGCUGAAAUGUUGACAAGGUGUGGCAUUGGUAAGCUGCUUCUGUUUGAUUAUGACAAAGUGGAAUUGGCAAACAUGAACAGACUCUUCUUCCAACCUCAUCAAGCCGGAUUAAGUAAAGUGCAAGCAGCAGAGCAUACUUUGAGGAAUAUUAAUCCUGAUGUUCAAUUUGAAGUACAUAACUACAACAUCACAACACUGGACAACUUUGAACAUUUCAUGGAUAGAAUAAGUAACGGUGCACUAGAGGAAGGGAAGCCUGUCGAUCUUGUUCUAAGCUGCGUGGACAACUUUGAAGCUCGCAUGGCAAUUAACACGGCCUGCAAUGAACUUGGGCAAAUCUGGAUGGAAUCUGGAGUGAGUGAAAACGCAGUGUCAGGACAUAUACAGCUGAUCAUACCUGGUGAAUCUGCUUGUUUUGCGUGUGCUCCUCCACUUGUAGUUGCUGCAAAUAUUGAUGAGAAAACAUUAAAACGAGAAGGAGUUUGUGCAGCUAGUCUUCCUACGACUAUGGGUGUUGUGGCAGGAAUUCUUGUACAAAAUGUUCUGAAAUACCUGCUAAAUUUUGGUACUGUGAGUUAUUAUCUUGGUUACAAUGCGAUGCAGGAUUUCUUUCCAACUAUGUCUAUGAAGCCAAAUCCACAAUGUAGUGACCAAAAUUGCAGAAAACAGCAAGAAAAUUAUAAGAAAAAAGAAGCUGCACGACCAAAACAAGAAGUAAUUGAACAGGAAGAAGCAAUAGUACACGAAGACAAUGACUGGGGCAUUGAAUUAGUAUCAGAAACUUCAGAAGAUGAGCUGAAAGCUGCAUCUGGCCCAGUACCUGAGCUUCCUGAGGGAAUUACCGUAGCAUAUACUAUCCCAAACAAGGAAGAGAAUUUGAUAACUGAGGAAACAGUAGCAGAGUCUGAAGAAAGCCUAGAAGAACUCAUGGCCAAAAUGAGAAACAUGUAGCAAAACAACUAUUCAGUACAACUUUUGGGACUUUGGAUUGACACUGGAUUUUGAGAAGACCAGACUUUUUUUUUCUUCCUUUUACCUCCACUGAAGCUUAUCUUUACAUUUCUGACAAAAUGGAACUGUUAAAGGGGCAGGAGGGAAACAGACUUACUUUGGUUAUAUUCUGUUGUCUAGUCACAUCUUUAAGAUAGGGAGUUGUGCUACUGUAAAUUUUAAUUUCUCAGCAUUGCUAGUGUCCAGAUAUUCAGUAGAAAAUAAAGGAGAUGGAUAAACUAACAAAAGCAGGCCUAGCACAUUAUAUUGCAAUAUCAUGUGAUGAGAACAGUACAUAGCAUUGGACAAGUGAAAGAUGAAAUCUGAUGGAGUGGAUUGAAUAGGUCAAGGGCAGAUGAUCAUGCCUUUCUCAUAUUGCUGCUCCUCAUUUUCCAGGCACUUGUACUUGUUGUUCACUGGUCUCUGUAAAAUGGCAUGGAUCGUGCUGUGGCUACUUUUUCUGAGUAAACAGAACAUUGCAGCCUUUUCAUCUGCCUUAAAUAUCUCUGGGAUGGAAUUUUUUUUAAACUUCCCCAUUUUUAUAAAUGUUUUACUAUUGCUUGUUCUUAAAUAGCUGCCUGUAUGUUUUGUCAUAGUGGUUUAAGUAUGCUGUAACAAGGCCAAGUCUUUUGUUAGUAGAGAAUUAUACUAGCAGACUGGGUAGUAGCAUGUCACUAUUGCAGCUGGCAGAUGCUUUUCAUGACAAAAAUCUGUAAGAAUUACCAGUAACACUAGAAAGAACAGGAGAUUUUGUCUAUCUCUUUAAAAAAAAAAAUAUUUUUGUUGGUUAUUAAAAGUUUAGCUUUAAUUCUGAUCCGUCCCCAUCAUAUGGGCUAUAUUAAGGAAUAUAUUUAAUCUGAGUUUGCAUAGGAAAUAUAUUUGAUGCUCUAAACUUUGUUUAGUGUUGCAAAUAUUUUCAGUGGAGUAGCUGAGCUAUUGUAUUUGUCUUGUAAAUAAUGUUAGUACAGUCAUAUUACCUUUUAAAAUAUCAUGUGUUAAACUGAUCUGUAAAUGUCUACAUUCUGUAGUGCCAGUACUCUGCAGAACUGGAAGUAUUAAUUUCAAGUAUUUUUACUGUGAGUGUCUGAACCAGAACUUUAUCAUUAUUUAGAUUUGGCUUAGAAGAACAUAAAUUUCAGCCCUUGCAGUAUAAUACAAAUAUUUUCAACUUGGGCUGUUCAGAAAACCUUUCCACAGCAUGAUGCAGGCAACACAGAACCAGCUAGUAAUGGCAGUAGCAGUAUCCAACCAACAUGAAAAAGAGAGUAAUACUGUGGAGGUGCUUCUGCUUCUUGGGAUAGCUGAAUGCUUAGUUAAAAAAUGUUUGAUUUCUAAGCAAUGGUUACAAACUUCAAAAUCUGUUUCUUCCACAGCUGACACUAGAUUAUAUUAUUUUUACAUGAAUAAUCUCUGA